UAAAUCACAACGUCAAACAGAGAUCGCACUUGUCUUGACUCCGGUUAAACAAUCCUGAUAAGAUAACGAACAGACGCUCGCGACGUUUGCAUUUACCAUCCGACUAUGGACAACUUCGGUUAUCGCGAGAUGGGGUGGCCGUCACCUCUGCAGACGCCCUCGCAGACACCGACCAGAUCCAGACUCACCAGCAGCAUUAGCUCCAGAACAAGAGAACCUGAGGAGUUCCCGCUCAAAAGCAACUACAAACAUGUGCGAAAUAUCGAUCUGUUGGAGUCAGCUCGCGAACCCGGCAAGGCCAAGGAGUAUUUGUUCGUCGGUCCUUCCCCGCCUGCAGAAGAUGCACCGAACAUGUACCACAGCUUCGAUGUCUUGGCACCAGACCCUGAAGCAAGACUGACAGAAGACAUGGUCAGAAGAGGUUUGUGCGAAAAAGCCUUAACCCUGGGCGCCGGACGUUUCUUCGAUGACGUGGAAUGUGGCUUGAUAACUGCGGACAACAUUGAAGAACAUAUAAGUUCAGCGCCGGAGAUCGUUGUGAAUUUAACUUUAUUGUGGGCGGCGUUUUUAACUAGAGACGAGUUGUUGCCUGCAAUAUUAGACGGAGGAGCUGACAUUCAUUACUCAGAGCCGGCGGGACUCACCGCUUUGCACGUGGCAGCAUUCAGUGGUUCAGUUCGAUCGGUGUCAUAUUUAAUAGCCAGUGGAGCCGAUGUAGACUUCGCUCCCAAAUAUUUCACUCCUCUUCAUUGCGCAGCAUUUGGAAACUGUUUGGAAGUUGCUGAGAUAUUGAUCGCUAAUGGGGCUUCACUACAUUCAGUGGUGCAGAGAGCUGGAUGUGAAGAUAAUCUUGUUCACUGCGCAGUGCGAGCCGAUGCGGUAGAAUGUAUGGAACUUUUUAUUGAAAAAGGCGUCGACCCGGCCUAUGCCACUUCUGGUGGUUUGAACGCUCUUCAUCUUGCAGCGGAACUCGGUGCACAACGUUGUUUAGCAUAUUUAUUGAAAGAAACUAGAAUAAGUGUAAAUGGUGUAACUAAACAAAGAGACAAGGAAUGUACUGCCAUACAUUUAGCGGCCGCUAGAGGUUACGCAGAAUGUGUAGAGAUACUUUUAGCGGACGGUGCAAAAGCGAACACAAAAAACUACAGAGGUUUCACGGCUCUCCAUCUUGCAGCAAGAUGUUCAAGUCUGGAGUGCGUCGAAGUUCUGUUAAGGGAUGGUAACGCAGACCCCAAUGCUGAAGACUAUGAUAAGAGAACUCCUCUCCAUGCGAGUAUCUGUCGUUCAGAUCGUGCCAGCGAUAUAAUAGACAUGCUUGUCAGCUGGGGUGCGCAGGUAAACAAGAAAGAUGAAUAUGGAUACUCACCAUUACAUCUCGCUGCUAUGGAUGGUUUGACUCAAUGCGUAGAGACGUUGAUAUUUUUGGGAGCAGAUGUAACUUCCAAAUCUAAGAAGGGACACACCGCACUCAGUGUUAUCGCUCGAAAAACUCCUAAGUCUCUCGCUAUACUACGACAUAAUCUCGACACUGGAAUUUCUCUCAGUCGUCCGACAGAAAGUAACGAAGAAGUACAAAUAGAAUUUGAUUUCGGAAAACUGUUGAAAUUCUCUUAUCCACGGGAGAUAACUUAUUUGAACAGUUUGAUUGAUGAAGGACAGAAAGACAUUUUGCUUCAUCCCCUCUGCUCCGCAUUUCUGUUUAUGAAAUGGCGAAAGAUAAGAAAAUUCUAUCUAGCAAGACUCAUUUUUUGCUUCCUGUUUGUUUCGUUCUUGUCUAUUUAUGCUUUGACAGCCGUAGUUAAGACUUGCAAAGGAAAUUAUUCUAAGAAAUACGGAGUACUCAACGAAUUAUGUCAAAAGCAGUCGUUACUUGGUGAUAUUUUAGAAGAUAAUCCAAUAGAAUUUGAAAGAUGGAUACUUAUUGCUAUCACGGCAUUCGAGAUUGUUAGAAAGCUUACAGGCAUAACAGGAUAUUCAAGUAUGUAUCAGUACUUCAGUACAUUCGAAAACUUGAUGGAAUGGUUUGUUUUGUUAUCUGUAUUUUCUUUGUACAACAUACAGAAAGACUACGGUUGGCAAAAUCAUGUCGGUGGUUACGCUGUUCUAGGCGCUUGGACAAAUUUAAUGCUGCUAAUGGGUCAACUGCCGAUGUUUGGUGAUUAUGUGGCAAUGUAUCAGAAAGUAUUGUCUGAAUUUCUAAAAUUGUUACUUGCUUACAUUUGCUUACUUCUCGGAUUUACUAUAUGUUUCUGUGUCGUGUUCCCGAACGAAGAGAUGUUUUCAAAUCCUUUAAUGGGUUUCAUCAGUACACUUUCUAUGAUGGUUGGUGAGUUAAAUUUGAAUAUUUUAAUAAACGAUCCUAUGCAGGAUGACCCGCCCUUAAUUUUCGAAUUGUCCGCUCAAUUUAUAUUCAUUCUUUUUCUUAUGUUUGUGACUAUUAUACUUAUGAACUUGCUCGUUGGUAUAGCAGUUCAUGAUAUUCAAGGUUUAAGGAAAACAGCAGGAUUGUCAAAGCUAGUAAGACAGACAAAAUUGAUUUUGUUCGUAGAAAUGGGUUUGUUCAGUGCUCUAUUGCCUAAAUGUCUUCAUAAAUAUGUUUAUAGAACAGCUCUUGUUUCACCAGAAGCUGGUAAAGUUAUAUUAAGUGUAAAACCAUUGAAUCCUAGAGAAAAGAGAUUACCGACGGACAUAAUGAUGGCUGCAUACGAACUAGCGCAAAUAAAUAAAGUGAAAGCGGGAAGAUCUGUAAAAGAAAUCUUGCAUAACAAUAAAUAUUCUUCAAAGUUUAAGAAAGAAUCUCAAGGAAACGAUCACGCGUUUAACAUAGAGUUACGAGGUAUGCAGGAGAAAAUAGACCAGACCACGUUUAAUUUGAAGAAAAUAGACCAAGAAAUGAGACACUUGAAUACUUUAUUACUGGAACAACAAAAUUUACUUCAGAACAUUUUGAAGACUACAGAUAAAAUGAAUACACACACGGUACAAUAUUAUCCGGAAUCACCAGUUUUCUUCCCAAGUAGCAAUUGCUCAGAAAUUACAUUGAAAUAGAAAAAAAACAAAUGUUGUUUUAUUUGUUUAGAUUUGUGAAAUUGUAUUUCAACGCGAAUUCGGCAUAACAAGAUAAUUCUAGACUUAAAUUCUUUGCCAUAUGU